CCUGCGAGAAUUUCCUUCCAAGGACAUUUCGCUGAUACAGCAGAGAGGAGGAGUUGCAUUCAAGUCCAGAAAGAGCCUGGGGACACUUGGCGUCGGUCUGCAGGUUGCAUGGUAGUCUGGACUUGAUGCAUGGCAGUUGCAUGACUGCACUGAGUCUUGUUGUGGGACUGAGAGCGCACAGCUGCAGCCAUGGCUCAAACCAUCCACGUGAACGGCAAUGGCCCAGAAAGAGGACAAAGAUGCCCAAGCACAGAAGACGAGAAGGACUCUGUGGCCCCCUACUAUGUUGAAACUCCCUACGGUUAUCAGUUAGACCUGGAUUUCCUCAAAUAUGUUGACGACAUCGAGAGGGGCAACACCAUUAAGAAGCUGAGUAUCCAGAGGAAGCCCAAAGUGACCAAACCCCUGGCGGUGCCUCGGGGCAGCACUGGCGGGGUCAGCGCUCAGGCUGAAUGGGCCUCCACAGACUCCCUGUCCUCCUCCAACAGCGACGACAAGCAGUCCCCCGUCUUCUUCACCUCCAGGCCCCACGUCGCCGCUCCCCUGACCCCCACCCUCUCCAGGGCGUCCUCUGAAGCCCCCUACUCGAGCAUCGCCGAGCAGAAACAGCUCCUUCCUCCGCCCUCGCCCAGGUUCGCCCCUCGUCACAACCCCCAAGUGGAGAAGACCCUCAUGGAGACCCGCCGCCGGCUCGAACAGGAGCGUCUGCUCAUGCAGCCGCUCAGCGAACCUCCGAUGCCCCGCCGCCGCCUCGCCAGCUUCGGCGGGAUGGGCUCCAGCAGCUCGCUGUCCUCGUACUCGGGCUCCAUGGCCCCGAGUCAGAUCUCCCCCAGCACCCAUCCGCCUCUGCCCAUCAACGGGCAUCUCCCUAACGGAGAGUACAACCCCUACUACCCAGCAUCCAUGGGCAGCUCCAUCCGCCACAGCCCCAUGAGCUCCGGCAUGGCCACCCCGGUCACUAACGUCAGCCCACUACACCUGCAGCAGAUCCGGGAGCAGAUGGUUGUGGCCCUCAAGAGGCUCAAAGAGCUGGAGGAGCAGGUGAAGACCAUUCCUAUCUUACAGGUUAAGAUUGCUGUUCUGCAGGAGGAGAAAAGACAAUUGGCUGCUCAGUCCAAAAAUCAAGGUCCUGGUGGCUUCCGCAAGCGCUCCUACAGCGUGGGCAGCGCUGACCAAAUGGAGAACCCCGGGCCCAUCCAGAAGGAAACAGAGCUGCACAUCAUGGAGCCUGAAGCCCAGGAGCAGAACGCUCAGCGGCUGCAGGAGUUCAGACGUCUGGCUGCUGAGGUCCAAGCUCUGGAGAAGACCACAGAGGACAAUAACGUAACUGAAAAUCGGCCUCACAGCCUUGUUCAAAACCAAGCCCACCAGAAGUCCAUUGGCAUAGUUACUGAUGAAAAUAUGAACAACCUUCCCGUCACUCAGAGGAAGCCACAAAAAGAACAUUGUUUCCGUGAUGCAGGAGUAGCAACAGAGCGGCUAGAGCUGCGAAGCGCUGCAGUCGGCGUGACCGAGGCCAUGCUGGGCAUGACCAGUGAAGCCGAGAGAGAGAUCGAGCUGCAGCAGCAGACCAUCGAAGCCCUGAAAGAGAAGAUCUACCGCCUGGAGGUCCAGCUGAAGGAAACCACUCAUCAGAUGGAGAUGGGAAAACUGAAACUGGAGCUCCAAGCAGCUGGCGGCUCAAACAAGAAAAAAGCGGACAAAGGUCUGAUGGUCAGGCCGGAAAUGUACAACGCCUGUGUGGAGGCCAAAGUCCAGAUGCGGAGUCAGGGAGUGGGUGACCAUCUGGAGUUCAGCCAUGUUAGCACAGAUAAAACUCUAGAGACCCACACUGUUGGAGUGUCCUGUGAGCCCAGUGUGCAGAGUGUUGCUACAGGACCAGAGAUCCCGAUGGACCGGUGGGUGGUGCACGAACGCGUGGAGGUAAAUGACCAGUGUGUAGGCAGGCAGGUGGAGACGUGUCACCAGCAGGUCGGCGUGGAGCUGAAUGUUUGUGAGGUGGGAGUGAACACAGAGGAGUCGGUGGACAGCUUGGCCCUCUGCAAACCCAUGACAGAGCUGAGCAAAGAGUCGCGGUCGGUCGGCUGUGGAGAUUGUUCAGUGGAUGUGAUCGUGAGUCCCGUGAAGACGCUGGUGUCACGAGGAACCGAGCCGGAUGUUGUCAGCAAAGUGGACUCUGGCGUCAUGGCUGCUCCUGAGUCGGCAACUCAGCAGACCAACACCGAGACAGACGUCGCGAGCAAGUCGACCAACACUAAAACAGCUGUCCUGACUGACUCAUUCACUGACAUGGGCUUAGUCACCUGUGACAAACACACCAACACGGCUGCACCUGAAACGAGGACGGUCGCUGCUGGGGAAGGACUCGUUAAAGACGUUCACUCGACAGCAAAGAUGCGUUCGAUUGCUGUUGGAACGACCACAGACGUGGAGUCAUUCCUCAGCAAGUCGAGCUCAACUAAAACCAAAGAAUGUGGGGUGGGACCAGUUAGCAUCCACGAGAAUUUCUUGGUGGGUUUAAAAACACGAAACAUAGCUUGUGGCCCCUCCCAGCUGACUGAAUCUGUGACCAGCAGCAGCACCAGCAGCGUCAAGGAGACGGUGGAGGUGAAGACCGAGGCUGCGUCGCUGGAGGCGCAGGGCGGCGUCGGACUGGACCACUACAUCGAGAGGGUGCAGAAGCUGCUGCAGGAGCAACAGAUGCUGCUAGCAGAGAACUACAGCGAGCUAGCAGAUGCGUUCGGUCAGCCGCAGUCCCAGUUCGGCUCCAUCAACAGUCAGCUGGUCAGCACGCUGUCCUCCAUCAACUCCGUCAUGAAGUACGGCAGCGUCGAGGACAUCCUGAAGCUGCAGUCCGACUCUGAGAGCUCAAACAAAGAGAGCAGCCAGCAGCUCCAGUCGCUGUCCGUUCGGUCGGAGUGGUCCCAGAUGGAGAGGACUUCGUUGGGCCUGACGGCAGCAGACAAACCAACCAGCACACCUUCACCGCAGCAGAUCAGUGCAGCCGAGCAGAAGAGCCGAAUGGACCGGGAGAUGUCAACGGCGCUACAUGGGCAGCCGUGCAGCCAGAGCACCCUGAAAUCCAUCAUGAAGAAGAAGGACGGCCGCCCCGACUCCAACGGCACCAAGAAGAACCUGCAGUUCGUCGGGGUGAACGGAGGAUACGAAACUACAUCAAGCGAUGACUCGAGCUCGGAGGACAGCAGCUCCUCUGGGUCGGAGGAGGAAGACGAGGACGAGGAGAAGGAGUUUGGAGGAAAAGAGGAAUACAAGAAAGUAGAGGGAAAGAGCAGCAGGGAGGAGUUCCAGCCAGAGGGAGCCGAGGACGUGGAUAAGAAGGACGACGAGGAAAGUUCAGAGAAGCAGGAGACGAGAGAGAGGUAUGAGCUGAGUGAGAAGAUGCUGGCUGCGUGCAACGUUCUCAAAACUCACCUCAGUGAUGCCAAAGCUGUGAGCAGUAAAGAUCUGAGAGCCUGCCUCAACACGGUGCAGCACGAGUGGUUCCGUGUGUCCAGCCAGAAGGCGGCGGUGGCGGCGAUGGUGGAGGACUACCUGGGCGCCUUCGGGGCCGUGUCGCCCGCCGUGCUGCGCCACAUCGUCAACAUGGCCGACGGCAACGGCAACACGGCGCUGCACUACAGCGUGUCGCACUCCAACUUCCUGGUGGUGAAGAAGCUGCUGGAUGCAGAUGUGUGUAACGUGAACCAGCAGAACAAGGCGGGGUACACGCCCAUCAUGCUCGCCGCGCUCGCAGCCGUGGAGACGCCUAAAGACAUGCGGAUCGUGGAGGAGCUCUUCAGCAAGGGCGACGUCAACGCCCGAGCCAGUCAGGCUGGUCAGACGGGGCUGAUGCUGGCAGUCAGUCACGGCAGGAUGGACAUGGUCCGGGCGCUGCUGGGUCACGGCGCCGACGUCAACAUCCAGGACGACGAAGGCUCCACGGCGCUGAUGUGCGCCAGCGAACACGGACACGUGGAGAUCGUCAAACUGCUGCUGGCCCAACCCGGCUGCGACGCCACGCUCAGCGACAGUGAUGAGAGUAACGCUCUGUCCAUCGCUCUGGAAGCAGGACACAAAGACAUCGCAGUGUUACUUUAUGCACACGUCAACUUCUCCAAAGCCCAGUCACCCGGAACGCCUCGACUCGGCAGAAAAACCUCACCGAGUCCCACUCGGAGGAGCAUGUUUGACUAGUCGGCCUCCUCUGCCCUGAAACCCUGCGCUGCUAUCGGUCCUCGCUGAACGACGCCUUUACCCACAGCUAGCUGAGGGACUGAAUCCCAACCAACCAACCAAUGAGAUUUCUGGAAAUAACUGUUAUUUAUGAGCACACCUGCCUCCACGACGAGCCCAAAGUGCCCUUCGAACAUGAAUGUAACCAGCUGGUGCCUCGAGUCCCGUCAGACUGGGGCUGAAAGAAUCAGCAGACCACCAGAGUUCAGACCAACAUGGACACAAAGUCAACUAAGAAAUGCCAUGGUGUUUUUUUCCAUCUUUUCUUUCCUUUUUUUUCAAGUUUUCUCCUUUUUUUUUCUUAUUUUGAAAGCUCAGUGUUGAUCAUUUAAGAGCACCAACACAUCUUCAUUGGUGAUUUUUUUUUUCUUUUUAUUUUGUGAGUACAUCAGCAGAUGGAGAAUCAUCCACCCACGUUAGAGGAAACAUUUCCUGUAUAUAUCGCUCGCCUCGACAUCUCCACAUCCAGCUCUUCACUACAACUCACGUGGACGGAUGCAUCGUCGAAUAGGCGUGACCUAGACUGGACAAAUUGUACUUUUAUACAAAUCCUUUGUAUCUAUUUAAAAAGAAGAAUCACAGUAUUUUGAAUAUUUCCUACUUAACGAUCCAUGAAGUUAUAUAUUUAUCAAAGUAUAGUUUUUAAUGCAGAUAUGUAUUUCAUUGUACAUACGGUGGUCAUAGAGUCUAGUUAUUCUCCUUUUCGUCUUUGUGUCCAGUUUCUUUCUCUCUGUCUCUCAUGUGUAAUAUAAGCUGUCUGUCCUCCUCUAGUAUUCAUUAAGGUACUGACUUUCAUCUUCCAAUGAGGAUUGAAGUGCCUGAAACUUUGCCAUGUAACAAUAAACAUCAAUUAAAGAGUCUAAAUCAUAAAAAAAA